AUGUCCUGGCGCCCCGACUCCAAGGCAGAUGCAUGGCACGAAUUCAGUAUCCGGUCGCCUUCUCUUCGACGACGGCAUGGAGACCCUUUUCCUCUCCCUCGGCUACCUCCUCACUUUUGCAGCCAAGGGUCAGAACGCAAUGAGCAGCUUCGGCGGGUAGACUGCAGCCUGCGGUCUUUGAACACACUCGCCGCUGCCAGUAACGACAAAGCCAUUUUUCCUGGGCUCCCUCUGACUGCAGUUCAGAAGUGGAUCCUCUCCGACGUCUCUAGACGGGUCUUGUUGUACGGGAACUGUCCGGACAAUGUCACCGAGGAAUCCGCCCUGCAGGAGCUCAACCAGCGCGCCAACCUGUACAACCAGGAGAGCGUGAGCCUCGCAUCCUGUGACUUAAGCAAAGUGAAGAUUCUUCAGCGACGCCUAUGCCCUCAAAACGCUCGAGACUUGGCACCUCCCGAGGUUAGGGGCUACAUCGACUACUUCGAAGACCUGGUGGAACGACCGCGCCAGGAGCAGCAGGCCCUCGCAGAGUCUGGGGUUCUGGUCGAACCGUACUGGGACCCUGCACUUCGCCAUGACCGCGGGCUUCGCAUAGACCUCUACCGUGCGUUACACCGGUGCCAACUCCUCGACUUUUGCCUUCGCAGGAGGGCGCGAGCGGGCAUCUUUAUGGUCAAGAAGAAAGAUGGCAUGCAGAGACUGAUCAUUGACGCUCGACAGGCCAACGCCUUCCAGCGCACUCCUCCGACCACAAGGCUUGGAACUCCGGCUUCUUUGACCUCGCUUGACCUUUCCCCGGACACGCUCGUGGCAAACGGAUGCGGAGGACUUUUGGGGCGAGAUGAGGCCGGCAAGAUCCAGGUCUCAGCCGAGGCCGGCGACGUCGGGGACUGCUUCUACAACUUUGUCGUGCCAUCUUUGUCAAAGUGGUUCGCUUUUGACGAUUCAUUUAGUGGAGACGAAUUGGCAGAAUUGGGAUUACAUCCUGGCGACAUCUUUGAUGACGAGCUGGGAUACACACGCCCUCUUCAACCGGGAGAACGAGUCUUUGCCGCCUUCCGAGGGGUUCCCAUGGGAUGGUCGUGGGCCCUCUUUCUGGCGAAUGAAAUUGUCUCCUACCAGGCCUCCCUCAGCAGCGCUCGACCCGGAGAAGAUGAAGUUCGAGACCGGCGCCCCGCCCCACCUGUAAAGCCUGGGCUCCCUGUCGUCGGCAUCUACGUUGACAAUGUGCACACCUUUGGAGGUCAGUAUGGGGAUGCGGGACGUCGCAUGGGCCACAUCUCGGAGCGCUUCGCGGACCUGGGCAUUCCCUUCACAGUGGACAACGUGGAGCCGGACCUCUGCCUUGACAGCCUUGGGCUUUUUCUGGACUUCAGAGACGGGGCGACGGCUAGGUCAAAAACAGAGCGGGCGUGGAAGCUGUGGAAGGCCACCCGUGGGCUACUUCGACGACGGCGAGUCAGCGGUCGAGUCCUCCGUGUUUGGCUUGGCCUUAUUAACUUCCACUUCCAGCUCUUCAGGCCGGCUUUGGCCUCCCUCUCGGUCGUCUACCGCUUCAUGUCGGAACAUUUGGACCACAGAGCUCCACUCUGGCCCUCUGUCCGGCGAGAGAUGAAGGUCGCCAUGGGUCUCAUCUUCCUGAUCGAGUGGGACAUGGGUGCCCCUUGCUGCAAUGAGGUUCACAUAGGAGACAGCUCAGACCGAGGCUAUUCUCUGAUGACCACCUCGGCGAGUACUAAUGAGAUUCGACGUGCUCUACAACAUCGAGAAAGAUGGCGCUUCGCCCAGGGAGACCCGGCAACCCAACCUGUCGGGCCACCUUGCGACGGCCGCCAGGACCACAGUGGAGAUCGCUACUUUGGAUCGGUUCCUAACGCGGGCGUGGGGCGAGGCACUUCGUAUGGACAAGAGCUCGCCUCCCGCAUCGACCUCGCCUACCAGGACCCAAACUUCAUCCGAAGACGCGGUCGCCCGUUCGGGAACACGAAGAAGGAAGCUCGAACCGUGAUAUCCGCCGUGGGCAUCCCUGAAUUGGAGCAAUGCUGGGAUAUCCCGGACCGAUGGACGCUCCUGGUGGCGCGGGCCUGGAAGCACACUGCCGAGCACAUCAAUAUCAAGGAGGCCAGAGUGUGCCUGAUGGGCCUGCGGAGACUUUGCCGAAGCACUCAGAACAUGGGGACCAACGCCCUCAGCAUCUCCGACAACCUUGUCAGCUGCCUCGUCUUCGAAAAGGGGCGGAGCUCUUCAAAGGCCCUGAACCGCCUCUGUCGGCGAGCGGCGGCUUACCAACUGGGCUGCCGCAUUCAGUGGAGGCUCAGACACAUACCCACGGGCCGCAAUAUUGCGGAUGGGCCGUCCCGGCUCUGGGGCCCUGACUUCCCACGGCAUGGACAGCGUGAGCGAGUUCACUUCGACCUCGGCGACCUCCCCAAGAACGGUCACUUCGACCUGCACUCCUUUGAGCUUGGUAGAGGCCAACUUGGUCCGGUGAGCAGCUCCCGUUGUUCGACUGGAGGGGAUUCAGUUCUAGGACGAAGGAUCGACGUAUCCUGUCCGCCUCGGAGCUUCCUCGAGAUUUUUUCAGGGACAGCCCGUCUCACCCGGGCCAUUGAUGAAGCCGGACUCAGGGUCCUGCCCGACAUCGAGGUCGCCAAAGGCAAUUCCUUUAACCUCCUAAACCCCAAGACCCAGAGCUUCAUCAUCACCCUGCUUGAAAAAGGUUUGGUGUGGUGUAUCCAUUUUGGGACUCCAUGCACUGUGUGGUCCCGAGCGCGCCGCAACAUCAAGAAUGUCAGACGUGCUCAUGAAAAAGAACGCGCAGGAGUAGUUCUUGCUCUCUUCACUGCUCGAGCAAUCCGCGUCUGUCUGCGGCUAGGUAUCUUCUUUACUUUGGAGAACCCGCAGUCUAGCCGGCUUUGGGAUUUUGGACCCAUCAAGGACAUUUUCAAACACCGAGGCGUGUUCUUCUUCACCACCCAUAUGUGUGCUUGGGGGUCCGCAUACAAGAAGCCCACUAGCAUCCUCACCAACCUUGAGCAGCUUUGUCGUCUUCAAGCAAAAUGUAACAAAGGGCACAAGCAUGUACCGCUCCGCGGAAUCGAGGCGGUGUAUGUUGAUGGGAAGGCCACCAGUCGCAAUCGAACAGCUGGAGCUGGUGCAUACCCACACUUGCUGUGCGCCGCCUGGGCUCGCGAGUUGAGAGCGAUCGCCCCGUCCGAAGCAUGGGGAGCUCCUUGUAGGGAGGACACUCUUGAUCUGCUCCAUGGCCUGGAAGCGGCGAGCCUGCGAGUUCAACGACGCGAUCAACAGCCUGCCCACGGACCUGUUCGCCAAGAUGACUCGGGUACGGACGGCGACAGGAAGUACCUCCUCAGCGCCGCUCGCUACAUCCAGACACACCCCGUCAUCUUCGGCCACUUCACCGCCUUCGACAUCGCAAGGCUCGCUGGCUACAACAAAGUCCGUCUUCGUGCCCAAAAAGUCACACAGAAGACCCUCGACAGCUACCAGCGCCACAUCGCGGACUUCGAAGAGUGGGCGAGGGGGAAGCAUGUCCGUGUGACCCAGCGGAACUUAGACAAACACGUCACAAACUACAUUACCGAGCUCUCCGAGGAUGAGGAACACCUCCCUAACACCGGCGCCUACCUCAUCUACGGCCUCCAGCUUCUGCGCAAUAUGGGGCCAAAGAAGGACUUCUUGCCGAACUCCAAAGAGGCCUUGGCCGGGUGGCGCAAGCAGAAUCCCGGUUGCAUGAGGUUGCCGGUGCCGGAGGAGUUUGUCUUCGACCUCGCGACCCACGCUAUAGAGAACAACGCUCUCGACAUUGCCUUGGAGAUCCUCAUCCAGUAUGACACGUACAUGCGGCCUUCCGAGUGCAUCGGGCUCACCCUUCGACACCUUGGACGGCCUCGAGGAGCUCGCUACAAACACUGGGCCAUUGUCGUGGCGCCUUCGGCGUUGGGCGAGGUCACCAAAACCGGCGACUCCGAUGACUCAGUGCUUCUCGCUGAGCUCGGCGACAGGGACUGGCUACGGGAAGCCAUGACACUUUGGGUGGCGAGAUGCGUUGACUCCUUGUUCCCAAACCUCUCACUGGCUCGGCUUGAAGCUUGGUGCCGAAAUGCGUGUCACAAGCUGAAGUACAAGUCCAUCUGCAUCAUGCCGCACAUUCUGCGGCACAGUGGUGCGUCGAACGACGUCUUCCAUAGGCGGCGGGACUUGCAGCAGGUGCAGAAGCGUGGGAGGUGGCGAGCCAGGCAGAGCGUGGCUCGAUAUGAAAAACAUGCUCUUCUUCAGAAACGCUGGGACGAAGCCGACCCCAAACGUUUGGCCAGCAUUCGUUCCAGAUCCCAGCAGCUCCCCGCUUUGCUUGUGGAUCGGCUGCGACACUCCAGCUGA